CCUCUUCCGUGAAUUUAACGGAUCACUUUUUGUUUUGCCUCUUCUUCACUCAACGCCAUUAACGCAGGGCAUUUAGUGCUUGGAUCCCCCAAUCGAAAACCCUAACUCCGGCGGAAUUUUUGACUCCCGCGGUGAUCUGAUCAGUGUUCAAACUCUUGGAUGAUUGAGCAUUUAUUUGCCGAGCUUACCGUGGGUAGCUUGUCAAUGGAAAUGGAUCAUUGAGCUCGCGGGGAACUGAUGGCAAGGGAUCACCAUCUGCUCCUUAUGAUGCACCAGAAAUCGUUCAACUUCUUUUAAAACAAUCUUGGGAAGCAUGAACAUAGUCAAGGGUGUGGCUGACCUUAUCCGAAGAACAUCUAAUAUCCAAACUGGAGAAUCUAGUUCUCGCUCAACAACAGAGAAGUUUCCAGCACCGGCUCCUAAAAUCUGCUUCAGUGAAGAAGGUGAUGAAGCAAUUUUGCAUACCUUAUGGAAGAAACACGAGAGUAUAACUGAUAAGGUCGACAAGAGAAAGCUGUUCCAUGUUUUCCUCAAGCAAUUUGUUGCCGCAUUCAAGAACUGGGUACCUGUAAAUGCCGGUCAGUUCAUAGAGACUACUCCUACAACAAAUGCCACAGAGUAUCCUCUCCGCUGUGCGGAUGUGGUUGUUGGUUGCUUUGCUGGGCACCCUGCUGAGAUCAUUCUGGCUCUGAUUGAGGAGAUUGGGCAUAUAACUACCCUGAUUGCAGAUUUGAAUUCCAACGGUACACAUGCUGGAUUAGACUUAUCACAGUCACCAAGUUUGAAUGUCUCUGCUGAAGGAUUGCCUGUUCUGGAUGCAUUAACUAUAAUAACCCGUUCAAUGCACAAUUGCAGAGUUUUUGGUUGUUAUAGUGGUGUCCAAAAGCUAACUGCAUUACUGAAAGGAGCUGUUGUUCAACUAAAAGGAAUAGCAGGUGCACUCUCUGGCGAGGAAAAUUUGUCUGACCCGAUUUCAGAGAAAACUCUACUCCUGCAGCAAAUACUUGUUCAUGUGAUAUCGAUAAUGUGCAACUUUAUAGAUUUGAACACAAAUGCUUAUGGAAAAGCUGUGUUUGCACCAUCAAUUGAUGCCUCUACCAGCUCAAAGGUUCUUACUGAUUCAAAGAUGUAUUGGCGUCAGAAGGCAGUUGUUGCUGUCAUGGAGGCCGGUGGCCUUAAUUGGUUAGUAGAGUUGUUACGUGUCAUUAGAAGGUUGAGUCUCAAAGAGCAGUGGACAGAUAUAUCACUCCAAAACUUGACUUUGAAGAUCCUUCACAUAGCAUUAGUUGAGAAUCCACGGGGUCAGAAUCAUUUCAAAAGUAUUGGAGGGCUUGAAGUUUUGUUAGAUGGCCUAGGCCUUCCAUCAAUCAAUGUGCUCUUACUGAAGAAUGCCACCUAUUCUGGUGAUAGAAGAGACGAGAACCCUUGGGUGAAAAUAUUUGAACUUCAUGCACUUUCGCUGACUGUGCUUAGGGAAGCUGUAUUUCGUAAUUUGAGCAGCUUGCAGUAUCUAUGCGAAAAUGGAAGGAUUCAGAAAUUUGCUAAUAGUUUCUGCGCACUUGCUUUCAUGCUUCAAGAGUAUAGGCAGAAAACUAAGGAGUCGUCUGUCCGGGCUGAUUCCCAUCUUCCUUUUCUUGGCUUGAAAAGUGAAAGUCAUGUGAUCCUGCAGCCAUCCUUUUCCCUUCACGCAGAUGCUUCUCACUCUCAACUGUGGGGUGAACAUGUGGUUAAGUUGAGCAGGGUUCUUUGUUCAUUUGUGGUUGCUCCUGAAAUAAUAAAAUCACAAGCUAAUACUGGCCCUGAGGUCGUACCUGUUUCCUCGGCAUAUGGCGAGCUAUCAAUUAGAUGGGUUAUGAGAGUCCUCCUUACAAUCUUCCCGUGUAUGAAGGCUUGUUCGAAUCAGAAUGAGCAGCCAAGUCUUUCCAGGGUCUUUUUAAAUGCCCUCCAGCAUUGUGUUCUUGAUGCUUUCAGGAAGGUUCUUGUUUCAUCCCCAAUAUCACUUGAAGUGUUUAGGGAAGAGCGCAUAUGGGAUCUGAUUUUCUCUGAAAACUUUUUCUAUUUUGGUAAGUCGUCAGUAGAAAGUACCACAGAGUGUUGCACUAACUGCAAAGGGUUUCCUGGGAAGCUUUCACCGGUUUCUUUGUCCAACAGUUCUAACAGUUCAACAGGGGCAGGUGGCAUUGAAAUUCUUCAGAUGGAAAUAGUCUCGUGUGUAGAAUUUGCUGCAACUUGUAAAGGGAGUGCUCAUAACUUGCCCGAGUUGUCUGCUUUGUUGGAUGCUCUCGAACAAUGUGCCUGCCAUUCUCUAAUUGCAAAAGUUCUUGCAAAGAGUCUUCUUCGAAUUUUCCGCCUCUCAUCUGAGAAAACUAUAGCUUCUUUCAAGACACUGAAUGCAAUUUCUCGGGUGCUGAGAGUAGCUUGCAUCCAAGUAGAGGAAUCUCGAAGAUCUCAAGCUAUGAACACUUCUCCUGAGUGUGAACUGCUUCCAACCAAUUCUGAUCCUAGAUUUGAUGCAAAUGCGGUAGUCCACAGCCAGGCUGAAUGCAUGGAGACAUGCAUGGGGCUAUUUAAAGAAUUUUUCUUGUCUGCAGAUGAUGCAAAGAGUUUGGUUUUGCAUGAUUGGAGUUGUAUUGAGUGCUUGUUUGAGUUGUUCUGGCAAGAGAGCAUGAGAAAUCAAGUGCUUGAGCAUGUUCUCAUCCUUAUGAAGGUAACACCAUCUACUGCUGAAGACCAAAAAGCGAAGCUGGUGUUGUGCUCAAAGUACUUGGAAACAUUCACUCAAAUCAAAGAAAGGGAGAGAAAUUAUGCAGAACUCUCUGUUGAUCUACUGGUUGGAAUGAGGGAGAUGCUCACGGCUGAUCCCACUUAUUACCAAGCCUUAUUUCGUGACGGCGAGUGCUUUUUGCACGUUGUCUCUUUGCUAAAUGGUAAUCUCGACGAGGCUGACGGAGAGAAGUUAGUUUUGAAUGUCCUGCAGACACUUACUUGUCUUCUUGCCAGUAAUGACAGUUCAAAGGCUGCAUUUCGAGCUCUUGUUGGCAAGGGUUAUCAUACACUGCAAAGUUUGUUACUGGAUUUUUGUCAAUGGCGUCCAAGUGAAGCACUUUUAAAUGCACUUCUUGAUAUGCUUGUGGAUGGGAAGUUUGACCCUAAGGCAAGCCCCCUCAUAAAGAAUGAAGAUGUGAUCAUACUUUACUUGAGUGUGCUGCAGAAGAGCAGUGACUCUUUGCGUCAUUAUGGACUCAACAUGUUCCAACAACUGCUUAGGGAUUCCAUUUCCAAUCGCGCUUCAUGUGUCAGAUCAGGAAUGCUUAGUUUUCUUCUUGAUUGGUUUUCUUGGGAAGAUAUGGACAGCGUCAUUUUGAAGAUUGCUCAAUUGAUUCAGGUCAUUGGUGGUCAUAGUGUUUCUGGGAAGGAUAUACGCAAAAUCUUUGCGCUCCUGCGAAGUGAAAAAGUUGGAACUCGUCAGCAGUAUUGCUCGCUAUUGCUGACCACUAUGCUUUCUAUGCUAAAUGAGAAAGGACCAACGGCCUUUUUUGACCUCAAUGGAAAUGACUCUGGUAUCAUUAUUAAAACACCUCUGCAGUGGCCGCUGAAUAAGGGGUUUUCCUUUUCAUGCUGGCUUAGGGUGGAAAACUUCCCCAGAAAUGGUACAAUGGGCCUUUUCAGUUUUCUCAGUGAUAAUGGGAAAGGUUGCUUGGCAGUACUUGGAAAGGACAAGCUUAUUUAUGAGUCAAUUCAUCUCAAACGACACUUUGUUCAGCUGGACAUUAAGAUUGUCAGAAAGAAAUGGCAUUUUCUGUGUAUCACCCAUAGUAUUGGCAGGGCAUUUUCAGGAGGCAGCUUGGUGAAAUGUUAUGUUGAUGGAGCCCUUGUGUCAUCUGAAAGAUGCAGAUAUGCAAAAGUGAAUGACUUGCUGACAAGCUGUAGAGUUGGCAUGGAAAUUAAUUUACCUCAGAACGAAGAAGAUAGUUAUCCGGAGUUUAUACAAGAUGUCUCAGCGCUUCAUGGUCAGAUUGGUCCUGUUUAUUUGUUCUCUGAUGCCAUUUCCUCAGAGCAAGUCCAGGGUAUAUACUCCUUAGGACCUAGCUACAUGUAUGCGUUCCUUGAUAAUGAAGCUACUCCAUACAAUUAUAAUCCAUACCCCAGUGGGGUUCUUGAUGUGAAAGAUGGUCUGUCAUCGAAGGUUAUUUUUGGACUCAAUGCACAGGCUAGUGAUGGCAAAAAACUCUUCAAUGCUUCUUCUGUAUUCGAUCAAUCUACUGAGAAGAAAUCAUUUGAUGCCAUGGUUAUGGGUGGCACGGAGUUAUGUUCACGAGGGUUGCUUCAGCAAAUAAUUUAUUGUGUUGGGGGAGUUUCUGUCUUUUUCCCCCUUAUUGCACAGUCUGAUAGGUAUGACAAUGAGGAAAAUGGAUCAUUUGAGCCCGCAUUACUUACACCCAUCACCAAAGAGCGUCUGACAGCUGAAGUCCUUGAGCUAAUUGCUUCUGUAUUGGAUGAGAAUUUAGCAAAUCAACAUCAAAUGCAUCUUCUUUCCGGGUUUUCAAUUCUGGGAUUUCUCUUGCAGUCAGUUCCACCUGAGCAACUUAAUUUGGAUACUCUUGCCGCUUUAAAACAUUUGUUUCAUAUUGCUGCAAACUGUGGUUCGGCAGAGCCACUUGUUGAAGAUGCUAUAUCUAGCAUAUUCUUAAAUCCUUUGAUUUGGGUGUAUGCAAAUUACAACGUUCAGCGUGAGCUAUACAUGUUUCUCGGCCAGCAUUUCAAAAAAGACCCGAGGCUACUGAAGACCCUCUGCCGGCUCCCUCGCGUGAUUGAUAUAAUUCGCCAGUUUUACUGGGAUGCUCCGAGAUCCCGAUUUGCUAUUGGCAGCAAGCCUCUUCUGCAUCAUAUAACCAAAAAGAUAAUUGGAGAGAGACCUAACAGAGAAGAAAUCCACAAGAUUCGUCUUCUUUUGUUAAGUCUUGGUGAAAUGAGUCUUGGGCAGGGCAUAACUGGGUCAGAUGUAAAGGCCUUGGUAGCCUUCUUUGAAAUAAGCCAGGAUAUGGCAUGCAUUGAGGAUGUUCUAACCAUGGUCAUUCGUGCUCUCUCGCAAAAAUCGAUGCUUGCCGCUUUUCUGGAACAAGUUGAUCUGAUUGGUGGUUGUCAUGUCUUUGUUAACCUUCUACAGCUGGAGCAUGAGCCAGUCCGGUUGCUGGGCUUGCAGUUUCUAGGAAAACUAUUAAUUGGUUUACCCACUGAGAAGAAGGGUCCCAGAUAUUUUCUUCUUAACGUUGGAAGAUCCAAGUCUAUUUCAGAGAGACAUAAAAAAAUCAGUUCGAGAAUGCAACCAAUCUUCUCAUCCAUCUCUGAUAGGUUGUUCAGAUUUCCACUGACAGAUAACUUAUGUGCUAUCUUGUUUGAUGUACUUCUUGGUGGUGCUAGCCCUAGACAGGUGUUACAGAAACAGGGCCUGGUUGAUAAGCAGAAAAGCAAGGGCACUAGUUCCCACUUUUCACUUCCUCAGAUCUUAGUCCUCAUAUUUAGAUAUUUGUCUGGAUGCAAGGAUAGAUCUGCACGAACAAAGAUAAUCAGAGAUCUGCUAGAUCUACUGGAUUCAAAUUCCUCGAACAUCGAGGCAUUAGUGGAACAUGGAUGGAAUGCUUGGUUGUGUUUUUCUGUAGAGCUUGAUGCGUUGAAAACCUACAAAGGGAAGUCGCAUAACCCAAUUGACGAAGCGCCAGAGCAGGAUUUGCUGAGGCAUCUAUUUUGUGUUGUUCUUUGUCACUAUGUGCGCUCCGUGAAGGGUGGCUGGCAGAUUUUAGAAGACACCGUUAAUUUCCUGCUUAUGCACAGUCAGCAAGGUGAUAUUUCAUACCAUUGGUUACUUCGUGAUAUCUACGAAGAUGCAAUUGAGCGCCUGUUAGACUCGUGUUUUGAGGAAAAUGUGUUUGCUGUACAACCAUGCCGAGACAACACAUUAUAUCUUUUGCGACUGCUUGAUGAGAUGCUUUGCUCUGAAAUGGACCACAGCAUUCUGCUUUCCGCUAAUGAUCCUGAGAUGUCGCUUGAUCUGCUGGAAUCAGAAAGUCAUAAAGGCACCACCUUUGGGUUGGAUGAGGUUCUAAAAGGAGAAAUCGAUGGUGAAAUAUUGAGGAAUCCAUGGGUUGGUAUGCGUACGGAUAAUGAUGUGCUGGAUCAUGGAUGGUGGAAUCUGUAUGAUAGUUUGUGGGUUGUUAUCAGUGAGCUCAAUGGAAGGGGUCCCAGCAGAAUAUUACCAAAAACAUCAUCAACUGAUGGACCAUCAUUUGGCCAAAGGGCCCGAGGCCUAGUUGAAUCUCUAAAUAUUCCGGCAGCAGAGAUGGCUGCUGUGGUUGUGUCUGGAGGGAUUGGCAAUGCCUUAGGUGGAAAACCAAAUAAAACUGUUGACAAGGCGAUGCUUUUGAGAGGCGAAAGAUGCCCGAAAAUCGUCAGCCGGCUUACAGUCUUAUACCUUUGCAAAUCUUCCCUAGAGAGGGCAUCAAGAUGUGUGCAACAAGUCGUUUCACUUUUUCCUUCUCUUCUGCCUGUAGAUGAGGAGCAAAGUAAGAGCAAAUUGCAGUUUUAUAUCUGGGUUUUACUUGCUAUCAGAUCUCAAUAUGGGAAGCUGGAUGAUGGAGCUCGAUUUCAUGUCAUUUCCCACCUGAUCCGUGAAGGUCUGAACUAUGGAAAAUCAUUGCUUGCAGCUAGCAUGGUGAAUAUGGACACUUCUGAUUCAGGGAGCAACUCGAAAGACACCAAUUCCAUACACAAUUUGUUUCAGAAGGAGAGGGUUCUGGCAGCGGUUUCAGAUGAGAUAAAAUACAUAAAAACAUCAAUGUCUGACCGGUCCAAGCAGUUGGAUGAGCUCCGUACUAGGAUGGAUGAGAAUUCUUCUUUGGAAUUUAGUAACAAGAAAGUAUUUGAAGAUGAAAUACUUGGUAACUUGAACUCAAUUUUGGCUUCAGACGACAGCAGAAGGUCUGGAUUCCAUCUUGCACAUGAGGAGGAGCAGCAAAAUUUUGCUGAAAAAUGGAUUCACAUGUUCCGUACUCUCAUUGACGAGAGAGGUCCCUGGUCUGCUAACCCUUUUCCAAAUGCUGCUGUAACACAUUGGAAGCUUGACAAGACAGAAGAUGCAUGGCGACGCAGACCAAAGUUGAAACGGAAUUAUCAUUUUGAUGAGAAGUUGUGUCAUCCUCCUUCAUCCAGCGUUAGCAACCAAGAUAAUAUUCCUACAAGUGAUAGUAAAAUCAGUUUUGUGGCUCAUCAUAUUCCUGAACAGAUGAAGCAGUUUCUACUAAAGGGAAUUCGUAGGAUAACUGAGGAUGGGAACUCAGAGGCUGGUGAAGAUGAUCCCUGGGCCCAAAAAUCCAUGGUACCUGAGGAUAAUUCAGAGAGACAGAUUUCAGAACUAGUAAAAGGGAGUAGUGAUCAGAAAGAGAUUGUUCAAGAAAAAGGAGAGUCUUCUUCCUCUGCAGAGGCGGAUGCCAGUGAGGUUCUUGUCUCAUUUCCAUGUGUACUUGUGACGCCAAAGAGGAAAAUGGCUGGAAGUUUAGCAGUCAUGAAAACUGUCUUGCACUUUUUUGGCGAGUUAUUGGUUGAAGGUACUGGAGGUUCAUCUGUUUUCAAAAACUUGAACUCUGGACUUAAUUCUGAAGCCACCAAGCUUGAUCAAAAGAACAAAUCUGUUAAAGGGCCAAUUCAUAAUGAUUGGAGGCCCGGGAAGGGGAUCACUGCUGAAAGGGCAGAGACUGCAAAUGAGAAUGAGCAUGAGAAAAAUCUAAAACACAUUAAGCGUCACAGGCGCUGGUGUAUUUCCAAGAUUAAAGCUGUGCAUUGGACACGCCAUCUACUGAGAUACACUGCAAUAGAGAUCUUCUUCGCUGACUCGACAGCUCCAGUCUUUUUGAAUUUUGGGUCAUUGAAGGAUGCAAAAGAAGUUGGGUCAUUGAUAGUUGCUACCAGAAAUGAAUUAUUGUUUCCCAAAGGAAGUAAUAAGGACAAAAGUGGAUACAUUUCAUUUGUGGACAGACGUGCAGCUGUUGAGAUAGCAGAAAUUGCCCGAGAGAGUUGGAGGAGAAGGGAUAUGACUAACUUUGAAUACUUAAUGAUUCUCAACUCACUUGCUGGACGAUCAUACAAUGAUUUGACCCAAUAUCCUGUAUUCCCUUGGAUUUUGGCAGAUUAUUCAUCUGAGACUCUUGAUUUUAAUAAGUCAUCAACCUUUCGUGAUCUCAGCAAACCAGUGGGUGCAUUGGAUCAGAAGCGGUUGGAGGUUUUUGAAGAUAGGUAUCGUAACUUUUCUGAUCCUGACAUACCCAGCUUCUACUAUGGCUCUCAUUACUCAAGCAUGGGAAUCGUGCUGUACUACCUUCUUAGAUUAGAGCCAUUUACAUCUUUACACCGUAAUAUGCAGGGUGGUAAAUUUGAUCAUGCUGAUCGUCUUUUUCAAAGUAUCGAGGGUACAUUUCGGAAUUGUCUUUCUAAUACAAGUGAUGUGAAGGAGUUGAUUCCCGAGUUCUUCUACAUGCCGGAGUUCCUUGUUAAUGCAAACUCUUAUCAUCUUGGCGUCAAACAAGAUGGAGAUCCAAUCAGUCAUGUUUGUCUCCCUCCCUGGGCUAAGGGUUCUCCUGAGUUAUUCAUAAAAAUGAAUAGGGAGGCACUUGAAAGUGAGUAUGUAAGCUCGAAUCUUCAUCACUGGAUUGAUUUGGUGUUUGGUUGUAAGCAGAGAGGAAAACCAGCAGUAGAGGCUGCAAAUAUCUUUUACUACUUAACUUAUGAAGGUGCAGUGGAUCUGGAAACAAUGGAUGAUGAUUUACAGAGAUCAGCAAUUGAAGACCAAAUUGCAAAUUUUGGUCAGACACCGAUCCAAAUUUUUCGUAAGAAGCAUCCAAGAAGAGGACCGCCUAUCCCAAUUGCUCAUCCUUUGUACUUUGCUCCUGAUUCUAUCAAUUUGACAUCUAUUGUGACUAGUAUUUCACCAUCAGCUGUAUUAUAUGUUGGUCUUGUGGACUCAAACAUAGUGAUCGUUAGCCAAGGGCUAACACUGUCGGUGAAGCUAUGGUUGACAACUCAACUGCAGUCUGGUGGCACUUUUACUUUCUCCGGUUCUCAGGAUCCAUUCUUUGGAGUUGGAGGUGAUGUACUCUCUUCUCGAAAAAUUGCAAGUCCGUUGGCUGAAAAUUUUGAAAUCGGAGCUCAAUGCUUUGCGACAAUGUUAUCACCAGCUGAGAAUUUCUUAAUCUCAUGUGGGAAUUGGGAAAAUAGCUUUCAAGUUAUUUCGUUACAUGAUGGCAGGACAGUGCAGAGCAUUCGCCAGCAUAAAGAUGUGGUCAGCUGCGUUGCAGUGUCUGCUGAUAACACUAUCCUUGCAACUGGAAGUUAUGAUACCACUGUAAUGGUGUGGGAAGUAGUACGUGCCAGAGGCCACGAGAAAAGAGUUAGAAACGCACAAACAGAAGUACCUCGUAGAGACCACGUGAUUGCUCAAACCCCAUUCCAUAUCCUCUGUGGUCAUGACGACAUAAUCACCUGCUUGUUUGUUAGUGUGGAGCUCGAUAUUGUCAUCAGUGGUUCAAAAGACGGGACGUGUAUUUUCCAUACCCUUAGGGAAGGCCGAUAUGUGAGAUCUUUGCGUCAUCCAUCUGGCCAUCCACUGUCAAAGCUUGUUGCUUCGAGGCAUGGGCAUAUAGUGUUCUAUGCCGAGGAUGAUCUUAGCCUGCAUCUCUACUCUAUCAAUGGCAAACAUCUGGCAAGUUCCGAAUCAAAUGGGCGCCUCAACUGUAUUGAACUCAGUAGGUGUGGUGAUUUUUUGGUCUGUGCUGGCGACCAAGGGCAAAUAGUUGUGCGAUCGAUGCACAAUCUCGAUGUUGUGAAGAGGUAUGUGGGAGCUGGAAAGAUGAUCACAAGCCUAGCGGUGACUCCAGAGCAAUGCUUCUUGGCUGGGACCAAAGAUGGACACAUUUUAGUUUACUCGAUAGAGAAUCCCCAACUCCGCAGAGCUGGUGCUGCUAGGAACAAGACAAGAGGCUCUGGGCCGUUGUAG